GCCACUACGGAAAAUGGAGCAAAUGGUCAGAGUGCACCAAGUCUUGCACCACCCACCGACGCAGGUGGUGCAGGAUGCCCGGCUUUUGCUGGAAGGAAGUCAUUCGCCAAAGCGCCUACUGUUACGUCGAGGGGAGUUACUGUCAAAAAUGGAUCAGUAGGAUAAUUCGCAAUAAUUACGAGGACGCGAGUGGCGAUCGUUACGAUCUAAGCUUGAAUGGGAUAGAAAAUUCGACCACCAAAGAAGAAAAUAACUGGAAGUGCGGGGUGUCGAGGAAAAAUUCGGGACUGGCUUACUUAACGAGGAUCAUUGGUGGCCGUCCCACGGCACCCGGCAGCUGGCCUUGGCAAGUUGCAGUCUUGAAUCGAUACGGA